UUAUUACCCUUCGGCCCCAAUUUACUAACUCGGGUUUCGUUCUUACUUCGUGCAAACAUCAAUUGUUGAUCAACCUUAUUUAAGUUUUUAUACACGCAGUAAACGUGGUCUUGAUUUUUCUCCAGACAGUAUUUCGAUUCCAGAUAAGUUAACGAUAACACAAUCUUAACCGGUUUUCAAAAUGACCGCAAGUUGAUUAAAGCACAAAUUCCACGUAUGUACAUGACACGCUCCUUGCCUUCAUUUACUUCAAAAUUAUUUAAUAAAAGCUGGCCAUUCAUCACGACUACUAAGCCAGAUAAACUGUUAUCAUGAAUUCACUAGCUCACCUCAUUUGUCAAGAUAAGUACUGUCAAUAAAAUUACAAGAUUGGCUACAUUUCCAACUUGUAAUUUAUCAGACUACAUCCGCAAUGGCAGGUGUGGCUCGCAAAGAAAGUGUUGAAAAUAUGGAUAGUGAACGGAAUUUGUUUCAUAAUAAUCUAUCCGAAAAAGAUUUCUUCACAGUAAUUAAAUAUGCAUCUGUGGGAUUUCUCGCAGUUUAUUUGGUAGUGGGGAUAGGCCAGCAGUUGGUCUGCAAUAUUAUCGGAUUCUUGUACCCGGCUUAUUGCUCCAUGAAAGCUUUGGAAAGUCCCCAAAAAGAUGACGAUACAAAAUGGCUAACUUACUGGGUUGUAUUUGCAGUUUUCACCAUUAUCGAAUUUUUUGCUGAUUAUAUCGUAUUUUGGCUUCCAAUUUACUGGCUAAUCAAGUGCCUUUUCUAUGUUUGGCUUAUGGUGCCAAUCGAAUAUAAUGGAUCUUUAAUCAUUUAUCGCCGAGUCAUUCGUCCCAAAUUCUUACAAUACCAACCAAAUCUCGAUGCUAUGAUUUCCAACGCUCGCAAUUCUGCGGUGAAAAUGGCAGCGGAUGUUCUCACAAAUGAGAAGAAAGAUUAAAUGAAUACCCACUUUAGAAAUUUCUAUACUCACCGAAGAAAUGAUUCCUAAAUUUAUACUAGUUGAUUAAAUUCUUCUCUGUCCAUUCCUGAGAAUCAAGUUGGCUUUUAGGCUUAAAAUCUCGCCAGGUUUAUUUGUGUAUUAAUUUCUUACCAAACGUUCUAACUUGGAAUAUUUACCUACAUCUUACAUCACACGUAAAUUGGCAAGAUUUCUUAGAAUAGUAAUUUCACUUUAUAAUUAGCUAAAUUCUAUUUGUGUAUUUUGAAAUUUGAAAAUGACGACUCUUUUACUAAUGUCUUUUCAAAGCAUUCUGUGAUUUAGGACUGUGUUUUCUGGCUUCGGUUAGCACUUGUGUAUUACAAAAUUAUAUGCGUGUCCUUUUUCGUAAAAUCACACGAUAUUGAGUAUGAGAGUCAAGUUAGUGUGACUAAUAAGAUGCCUAGCACGCUAAACAUCUAUACAAUUUACGAUAUUUUUUCAAGUGCUGUGGUUGUAGCAUUGUUAUUGUAUUAAUCUGACAAUAUGAUGUCUUUAGAUAUGAAAUUGUUCGUUAAUUAAACUUCUUUUUUGUUACAAUGCCAUUGAAAUUGAUUCAUUUUAAUCAGGUUGAUAUAUUGAUUACAAAUAUUGUACAGAAUAAUGCCUUUGGUUUUUAUUGCAUGUAAUGCGUUUUUAUUCCACUUAGUUUUGAUAGUAAUUUAAACCAAUAAUUCAGUUGACAUUUCUUCAAUUUAAUUUUCAUAGCCUUGAAAUAAAUUACUGGUUAUUGUUGAACAUAUUUCCAGAGUAUUCUUUGAUGCUAUGCCAUAGUAAAAAAUGAUGAUGCAUCUUCAAAAAAUUAGUUAUUGAAUACCGAUAGAUUUGAAAAACUAAACUCUGCACUAAAUAAACAUUUUAUCUACCUAGGCAUGGUGAAAUCACCGUAUUAUGAUCCUCAGUAUACCGUACAACAUAACCAUAGAUCAGUUUCAUCGCUAUUCUAAAAUAUAAGUAUUCAAUGGCUUUUGAUAAGAAUCUCUUGCUAUACUAUAUUAGGAUUAUGAUAAAGUAGAAUAUACUAAGUGAUGUUUGUAUUAAAAAGAUUUUACACUUCGGUUACGAUUAGAAAAAAUGAAUCAGGAUUGCAAUUCUGCUUUUGCCUCAACACGUUCAAACUCUAGGAAAAUUUUGUGUCGAUAGAAGACAGUUCCUAGUAACUAACAAAGAAAUUAUUUUUUCACCUGCAGAUUGUUCUUUGGAGAUAUGACCAAACCUGUACUAAUUGGCGUAAUUGAAUCUCAUGUUGAGCUCGUAACUUUAUUGUUUACUUUUUGCGUUUUAUUAGUGAUAAAAAUAUUCGAUGAUUAAGGACACUGGUUUAACAAUUUGUUGCAAUUUUUUUCUAUUAGGAUGUUCAACUGAUUAUAUUACAUUUAUAUAAAAUAGAAUUAUGCGGUGCCUCAAAAGACAAUUUUCUUUACAACUUAAUAAUAAAGCUAAUAUGAAUUGUCUGGAAAAAAAAUGAAUAAAGAACCAUUUAUUUUAUAUCCUAACUUCAAAA